UGCAUUGCCAUUUAAUCUUAAAACCAGACCAAAGAAUUCUAAGGUAUCCAAGCAAGUGUUUAUUUUUGGUUUUUUUUGUAGCAUUCUUUGAUGAUUUAAUAUCUUCAAAAUUUUAUUUACAAGUUAUGACAAAUAUCCUUUAGUACAAAGGGGGCUGAAAUGGUUAAUACCUGCUUCAGUUGAUGUGCUCUCAUUUGUUUAAAGUUAAGCCCUAAACUGAUUUGAGUGAGGUAAGCUGCCAAAUAAGAAGAAAAGGAGGCAUUUUCUGGAAAUGUGGAGUUGGAGUUUCUAUAGGAAAUAUCACUAGAAGCAAAAGAUGAACUCAUGAUUGAGCCAAGGACAUUUUAACUCUUUAAUCUAAUGAACUUAUGUGCUGAAAUCAGUACUUUAGCUCAGAAAAACUAAAAGUCUCUUGCCACCAACAAAUAGGUCUCUAGUUUAGUAACAUCAAAAAUGAUCAGGAAGCCUAAGACAAUAGAGCUGCUGAACUCCUGUGGUUUAAUUCAGUAAAUAUAUAUCGAGCUCCUACUUGGUGCAGGACUAAGUGCCAGAUACAGCUUCCAUGACAUCCUUAUUUAAAGGCUUAUCUCCUCUUUUACCCAUUGUUUUCAGAACAGCCUUAGCUAUCUGUAUGGAUUUUGCGGGCAGUUUCCUGUGCGUCCUGUCUAGUGAGAAGCUGUUUUUGUUUACACCCCAGGUUAUGGGGAUGGGUAUUGAUGUUAGGUUUACCCAUAGCACAAGUCAACUAGGCAGUUUCCUGGGCUUGGGGUCUCUCUUUGUGGUAGGAGAGAGAGGAGGAAUAGGUGAUAAGGAGAGAGAUGGACCUCUGAAUCACAUGGAGACUCUGGAACUGUUGAGUACCCUCUACCUAUCACAUUCUCAUUUAACCCUUGGUUAAUAACCACAACAAUUGUAUGAAGGAGAUGACAUUGUUUAACUGCAUUUUACAGCUAGUGACCUAUAAAAGGCCACAUAGUAAGCAGUGGAUCUGGGACCUGAAUCUCUUUUCUAAGUCUUCAAAGGCUUUCCACCACAAUACACAGGGAUCGAGCAGAAUUUCAGGUCCGGAGCAAAUCAUACAGUGCCUUCCACUUUUUACAAGAUGCAAUCUGUCUAGAAUGUACAUUUAAUAAAGUAGUAAAGGGAAAAGAGGUCAUGGACAGGCGAUUUAUAGCCUGAGAAGGUUUGUGGGAUAAGAGUCCACCUAUUUUUUUGGGGGGGGGAGUCUACAUGAGGAGCCCCUAAGGUUAUUUUAGAACAUAGUGUUACUGCCUGUGCCUUCCUGAGUUCUUGGCCAUACUACAGAGACCUGUUUCCUCCACUAGAUAAAAAUAUGAAUGGCUGGACAAGUUUUAUCUCAAAUAAUGAUUGUGAGGAUCAGAUAAGGCCCUUUGUAAACUAUGGCACUAAACUAUGGCAUUUCACAAAUUUGUAAGGUAUCAGGGGACCAUGAAGUAGCUGAUUUAAAAUAAAUUCUUGAUUACUUGAGAUACAGGAGGGUAGUCAUAGCAUUUGGUAACUGGACUUCAUAGAUACAAUCUAAAACUGCAUUCUAACAAGCAAUUUUAAAAUUUCUGAGUUUUGGCUCUUCGUAGAGCUUAAAAAAAAAAGAGACGAGUUGUAAAAUGCCAGUAAGAUUAAUUAAAUUUCUUUUCCUUUGAGCCCUGCCCAAACAUUGAUGUAAUUUGGACACAACAAGAUGAAGAAAAAAGCCAGAAAGAGACGUACGUGCACGGCUUCUGUCAGUAAAUACUGAGGUAAGGAAAUGAGUUAUGAGUGUAAGGCUUCAGACAUCCCUGGGGACCGCUCUGGUUCAGGACAUUCCCUUAGGCAAUAUUCCUGAGUCUGAGUGCCCAGGGCUCCCCCGCAGUGGGAAGGGAAAUACGCGCGUGGCCAGGAGCGCGCGUACACGUACUCACGUGUACACACAGACACACACAUACGUGCGCGCGCGUAUACUACACAUACACACGGCCUGUUUCCUCCGCUCCCCCUCCCCCAGAGGGGCGGGUCUCUUUCUCUUUAAAGAGCAGACGGUCUCCGCGCAAACCCGGGCUCUCUAAGGCCCCGGGCCCGGGACCCGAGCUGCUCGCAGCCAAUGGGCGCUGUAGAGCGGCUCGAGCGCGGCUGACGCUGCACCAAUGGGCGUUCGCGGGGGGCGGGGGAAACACUAUUGUUGAUGAGGAGAAGCGGCGGCGGCGGCGGCUACACCAUCUCGUUGCUGCCGGCCGUGGCUUGGGCGUCCCUCGGAUUCCGGCCUCGUCACCCCGUCGCGGGGACCUUCCCUUCGGCCUCCAGAAUCCUACCCUUUCAACCAAACAACAACAAAACUCCCCGUCUCGCUCAGUCACCGGGGAGGGUGGACCAUGUCCCAGCGGGUGAGGCGUAAUGGGUCCCCCACGCCGGCCGGCUCCCUCGGGGGCGGUGCGGUCGGCACGCCCGGAGGAGCAGGGAGCCGCCUGCAGCCCAUGAGGGCGACGGUUCCGUUCCAGCUAAAGCAGCAGCAGCAACAUGGCAGCCCCACGCGGAGCAACGGCGGCAGCGGCGGCGGCAACAACAACAGCGGCUGCUGUGGCGGCGCCUCAGGCCCCUCAGGCGGCGGCGGCGGCAGCAGUGGCGGGGGCCCGCGCACAGCCUCACGCAGCACGAGCCCCACGCGCGGCGGCGGGGGUGCGGCCGCGCGCACCAGCCCCACGGUGGCCACGCAGACGGGCGCGUCCGCGACGUCCACGCGAGGCACCAGCCCCACGCGCGGCGCCGCGCCCGGGGCUCGAGGAAGCCCCCCACGGCCGCAGCCCCCGCCGCCGCUGCUGGGCACUGUGUCUUCGCCUUGCUCGUCGCCCACCCACCUGUGGACUGGCGAGGUGAACGUGGCCCCACCCCCAGCCCGCGUCCGGCACCGGAGGAGGUCCCCGGAGCAGAACCGAUGCUCCCCGGAGAGGAGGAGCCCGAGCGCCCCCGUUUGCAAAGCAGGUGACAAAACACGACCACCUUCCUCAAGCCCCUCUGCUAUUAUCCGCCGCACUUCCUCUCUGGAUACACUUGCUGCUCCGUACCUUGCAGGGCAUUGGCCUCGUGACAGUCAUGGGCAGGCUGCUCCUUGCAUGAGGGACAAGGCUACACAGACAGAGAGUGCAUGGGCCGAAGAAUACUCUGAAAAGAAGAAAGGGUCCCACAAGCGUUCAGCAUCCUGGGGCAGUACAGAUCAACUUAAGGAGAUUGCAAAAUUACGCCAGCAAUUGCAGAGAAGUAAACACAGCAGUCGGCAUCAUCGAGAUAAAGAAAGACAGUCUCCAUUCCAUGGCAACCAUGCAGCUAUUAACCAGUGUCAGGCUCCUGUUCCAAAGAGUGCACUUAUUCCAGUAAUUCCCAUCACCAAAUCAACAGGCUCCCGAUUCCGGAAUAGUGUGGAAGGUUUGAAUCAGGAGAUUGAAAUAAUAAUUAAAGAGACUGGGGAAAAGGAAGAACAACUUAUACCACAAGAUAUUCCAGAUGGCCAUCGGGCACCUCCCCCACUGGUUCAGAGAAGUAGCAGCACACGCAGCAUUGACACGCAGACCCCCGGUGGGGCAGACAGGGGAAGCAACAACAGCAGCCGCUCUCAGUCUGUGUCCCCCACAUCGUUCCUUACCAUCUCCAAUGAAGGUAGCGAGGAAAGCCCUUGUUCAGCUGAUGACCUGCUUGUUGAUCCCAGGGAUAAAGAGAACGGGAACAACUCUCCUUUGCCCAAAUAUGCAACUUCACCAAAACCUAACAACAGUUACAUGUUUAAAAGAGAACCUCCUGAGGGCUGUGAAAGGGUCAAAGUGUUUGAGGAAUGCUCGCCAAAACAACUUCACGAAAUCCCAGCUUUUUACUGUCCUGAUAAAAACAAGGUGAAUUUCAUUCCUAAAAGCGGUUCUGCUUUCUGCCUCGUCAGCAUCCUCAAGCCACUUCUUCCUACACCAGAUCUUACCCUCAAGGGCUCUGGCCACAGUCUGACAGUCACCACUGGCAUGACAACCACUCUGUUGCAGCCUAUUGCUGUGGCCUCCCUGUCUGCAAACACAGAGCAAGACCGAGUCUCUCGAGGAACAAGUACAGUAAUGCCAGCCGCCUCUCUACUCACACCACCAGAACCGAUCGAGGAAGCUGAAGGCUAGGCCCGGUGCUGCAUAGCCAUUGUUCUGGGCAACUGGGAACCUCCUCAGACCACUUGACUAUGAUGGAUGGCAUUGUGAGCUCCCAGUUGGCUGUGACGUGCUCCAGGUUUCCACAGUGACGCAUCACAGUACAACUUCUGGAAGAAAGCUCUGAUGGCUUUGCUCAAUCAUGAAGGCCUGCCCUCAGUACUUAGCCUGCUUUUUCCUAAAGCGGUGGUUGAAACAAGAAAGGUCUCAUUCUUUACUUUUGGAGGGCUUGUUUUCAAAUUAAACUUUAGAAACAAUAACUUGAUCCCUACAAACAUGAUUCCUGGAGACGUGAAUGAUGCUGCAAGAACCAUCUUUUAUAUGAAGAUGACUAUUUUAUAAUACCAAUGUUACAUUUUCUGAAACGUAGCUAACAGGAUGUUCAAAAGAUUCUUUGGUGGCCUCUGUUUCUUGUUUCCCUUUCUAGAUGUGUGCUUUUCUCAGCUGUUUUCAGCUUUGGGACCAAAGGGAUUGUUGACAUUUUCCCAGCAAUCUUAAUCUCAUGACUGUGUUCUUCUCCCAAACAAGAAUUGAUAGGUAAAUGCAUUGAACAAGUAUAUAUAAAAAGAGAUAAAAAGCAAUAUUAGUACAUUAUGUGAUUUAUGUUUUUUGAUGUCAGAAGUUUGUGCUUUGGGUGAACUAUUUGUAUAACUGCUGUUUUCUUCACUACUCCUGUACACAUUUCACCAUGUGGUCAGAAAAGUUUGGAGACAAGUGCUUAAUAUGUUCUCACCUGUCAUUGGAAGUUGGUUUAAAAGUCAGUGAGCCAAAAGGAAGCUAGGAGUAAGUGUUGAUAGCUAGGAGUAAGGAGCCCUUUUGGCUUUCUGUGCAGUAUUUAUUACACGAUCCCUUUACCAGAGGUGUCAUUCUACCUUUAAUCACUGCUGUAUCAUAGUCCCAAGAGAUCCUAAAAUGACUGCAUGGAUUUCCUCCUUUGCUUUUGUGAUGUCGUUGUCUUGUGGAUUUGGUCAGGGUUAGUAGUUUGCCAGGAGUGUAACCCAUUGAAUAGCAAUCCGUAGUCACAGAAUCUUGUGACUGACCUUUUAUUUUUGGUGGUUGGCACUGAGAUACAUUGUUGCCUACAGAUUUUGCUAGUUGUCCCUCCAACAUUCCACACAGUGGGGAAAACAGGCAAGGGGAUCUUUGGAGCAUAAAUAACAGGAACCUUUGAAAAAUCCGUAUAGUUUUGGAUUUAGGCUCAUCCUAAUACAAUCACUGCCAAUAUUACAUGACAGCAGUAUUUCAUGUCUGGGUAUGCGGUUGUGAAGUUAAGGAGCAGCUCUUUUUAAAAAUGAAUUUCAGCAAACGAUGUUGAUAAAAAGCAUCCUUCUAAAGGUCUUCAUAUACUACCUUAUGAUGCAAUAAUUUAAUGUUCUUAUGCAUAUUAAAGGGAGGAAAAGAUUUAAAUACUUGUAAAAGGGAUACAGUUUAGAGGGUUAAUAUGUCAGUUUAUCCCGACAUAUCCCAUCAAAGAAAACUUAGUGGUAGCAAUAAAUCUCCUGAAAGGACUUCUUAUACUCAUGCACCUUUAAAACAUGUAAGUAAUCAAAAGUAUGUCCUGUUAAGUUUAAAACGGAGAUAUAUUUAGGCAAGUUAGAUAAAUUCAAACGUGAAUAAGUCUGUCAGGUUUCAGUUGGUGGGACUAAUGAAUUUUGGUAAGUUUUUCAUCCAACAUUAAUUUACCUGGAAUUAGUACAUUGUGGCUUGUAUUAUAAAUCAGUGAAAGCUCAGUUCUUCAGGAUCAAAUUUUCUGCUGGGUUUCUUGUGAACCUUGAUUCUUUGCCUUUGUUAUGCCUUUGACUUGACCAUAUCACCACUGCUCUAUCAAAAGUACAGAAGAAAAGGCAGAACUGAAAUCAGAUGAGUUGGCUUAAAUGGUAGGAGAAGGAGUUAAAACAAGAUUUAAAAUAAAAUCCCGCAGUUUUUGGAUUACUUGAGUUCUGUUAAAUCUAUAUUUUCUUUGCCUUACGCUUUCUUCUGUCUCCAUCUCUAUAAGUCACAAGGGGCUUUUACAACUAGACUGCCCCAGUUUUUCCUUUUACUGUUGUGUGUGUUUGUCUAAUUCACAUUUUUCUGUAGAAUUUCGUAUAUCCUUAAUCUAAAGUAACUUAAAAUCAGAAUGGGAGAACAAGUUUUAAGAUUUAUUAUUUACAUAAUCUUAUAAAUGGAAUUUCUAAUGCUUGGUUGUAAGGAGAAUGUGAAUUUGCAGGUAAAUGAAUUGUAUAGCAACCAAACAUAUCCCUUGGGUUUGGGAGAAAUAGAGCCUGAGAUUUGAAGGAAAAAAAAAUAAAUGGUACAAGGUACAAACAACUCUGCCAGUGCCAAAGGGCUAAUUUUUAAGCAUAUGAGCUUUAUUGCAGUCUUGAAAAAAUAUUAACCAUAGUUUUUAUUUAACCCUUAUUUCACAGGUGGUUUAAUUUUUUUUUUAAAUGUGUCUCAGUA